ACCCUCACAGGACCAGGGUAGAGGGACACUGCAGACACCACUCUCUGCUCCUGCUCUGUUGAGGACAGGCUGGCCCUUGGUGAGUAGCCUGUGCCCACUGGGGGCUCUGGGACAGCUUCUGCGGGACCAGGGAGUGAAAGCAGGGAUCACUCAUCCACUCUAGAUUUCCAGAAUUUCAUCUGCUGCUAAGAAAAAGGGGUCUGUGCUGGGGCUGGAACUGUGUUUUCACAAGGAUGAAUGUUGGCAUUACGUGCAGCAGAUAUGUGGGAGGGGGAUGCUGGCCUCACCUGGACAUCUCACCAUAUCCCUACCCACCGUUCUUCUAUCUGCUCCUGUCCUACUUUCUUACCUCUUCUCAGCCACAGGCUAUUCUCAUGCACAUCUGUUAGCACCCUGGUAGCUCUGCGUUUUCUUUUCCAGCAUACUUUAUCCUGCCCUAACCAUAACUCCUCUAAACUAGAUGUCUCUCAACACAUUUUUUUGUAUCUUGGGGUGUUAAAGUGCACAAGCAGGGCAGGGCUGCAUUGGUUUUACAGUUUAACUGGUAAAAAGUCAAGUGUUGGGCAAUGCCACGUCCAUUGCACCCAUGGGAGGUGUGUGUCAGCCCGGCCGCUGUGCUUGGGGGGUGCAGGAGUGAGGAGGGAGCCCAAUCCCAGCCCUGCUUUCAGGCAGAGUCUGCGGUUCCCAACUUUGCUUUGCAGGUGGAUGCUCCACAAUGACAGUGAAGAAGGCUCAGGCUCUGCAGGAUGGAAGUGCCAAGGAGAACGUGCUGCAGAGGGUGCUGCAGCUGCCCGUGGUGAGCUCAACCUGCGAGACCCUGCAGAGGAAGUACAGCAGCACCAAGGAGUCGCACCCGCUGAUGGCCUCGGUGUGCGAGGUGUACGAGCGGGGCGUGCAGGGCGCCGGCGCCCUGGCCAUGUGGGGCAUGGAGCCCGUGGUGCGCCGGCUGGAGCCGCAGUUCGCUGUGGCCAACGACCUGGCUUGCCGGGGUUUGGACCACCUAGAGGAGAAGAUCCCUGCUCUCCAGUAUCCUGUCGACAAGCUUGCAUCUGAACUGAAGGACACCAUCUCCUGCCCCCUCCAAAGUGCCAAAAGCACCAUUGGCAGCUCCAUGGAUAAGAUCAUAGAGCUGGCAGCGGAGGGCUAUGAGGCCACCAAGAGCACAGUGGAAACAACAGCCAAGUACACGAGGAAGAACUCAGUGACCCAGAUGGCAGCCGCAGGGGUCGACACAGCUCUGGGAGGGCUGGAGAAGCUGAUGGAAUACCUGCUGCCAGAGGAGGAUGAAGAAGCAGAUAAGAAGCCCAAAAAGAAACAUCUGUCAACGCCAAAGGUCUCCCAGCGGCAGCCCAGCACUACCACAACUCCCAGCGCUACCACCACUCCCAGUGCUCCCAGGGUUCCCAGUGCUCCCAGUGCUCCCAGUGCUCCCUGUGCUCCCAGUGCUCCAAGGGCUCCCAGCGCUCCCAGGGCACCCAGCACAUCCAGCACCCCCAGCACUCCCAGUGCUCCCAGCACCCUGGGCCGGAUUGGCGCUUUGGUCAGCACCGUGUCCCAUCGUGCAUACCAGCAAACCACCCAAAGCCUCCAGCGUGCCAAAAACAAAGGGCAGGAGCUGGUCUCCUGGAUCCCCAUCCUGGCGGGACAGGACCCCGGGCUCGUGGGCAGCGUGGCUCACAACCUGCAAACCGCCUGCGCCUCCGGCAUCUCCAGCAUGAAGAAGGUCCCGGCCGUGGCCUGGGAUGCAGCAGAGGGCUUGAUCCUCUUCACCCCCCGCAGGCUGUCCAGGGCCAUGGAGACAGUGGAUGCUCUCGGGGGGACCCUCGUCAGUGCCCCCAAGCAUCUGCUGGGCACCCUGUACAGCUAUGUGCCGCUCCGCAGGCAGUCGGUGAAGGAGGAACAAGCACCCAGGGGCAGCAAGACUGACAAAGAGAAGAAAGAGAAGAAGGAGGAGGAGGAGGAGACCAAGCCUGCUGCCCCCUCCAAUGAGGAGAAAUCCCAGCUGAGGAGUGACUGGCGGCUGUACCGUGGCCAUCACCCCCUCUCCUUCCUGGGGCUCGAGGACCCCCUCUUCCUGCGGCACAACUACUACCGCAGCCCCGCCUUCGAUCCCGACUACCCGUUCCCACGGAAAUCCGCCUUCUCCCCCUACAACAGGCGGGUGAGCGAGGGCUCCUACCGCUUCAGCCCCGAGUCCAUGUACAGCCGGGCCUACUACGGCAACUACUACAGUCCUGUCUUCAAGAAGGACUGAGCCAGCGGGCAGGACAAGCACAUCCCAGCCCCUCUCAAAUCCCCUCAGCACGCUUUGCCUGGGCCCCUGACAGCUGCCCACACACACCCCUGCUCCAGGACAGGAGCUUAAAGUGGUAGACAGGCCAUGGGAUAGCUUAUUCUGGAGUGCCAGGAUGGGGGAAUAAAGGCAACCAAAAGCCCUGCUGCUGGAAGGAGAAGGGAGGGGAAGGUGGGACUAGGAAGGUGAAGGAGAUGUGAAAAGAGUGGUGAGACCAGAAGAAGGGACCACCCAGGGCUGGCACUGGGCUGCCUUAGACCCUGCUCAGCAGAGUGAACAUAGCAGAGCUACACAUUGAGAACAGCAGUGAGAGAGAGCAGGGAGGGUGGCAAAGCUGUCAAACAUCACCACAGCAAGCCUGUUUCCCCAUCCUUCGUCUCCAUUCCCCCUCGCAGGGCUCAUCCCUAAGCACAGAUUGCUCCUCCAUGGAGGGGCUGAAGAUCCCCACCAACCAGCAGGAUUCAUGAGAGAGAAAGCCCUGGGCACUUCCCUCCCAGCAGGUGGUGGGGUGGAUGGUGGGGUCAGGAAAAAGGCUGGUGAGAACAGGUGGAGCUCCUGGAGCCCCUCUCCCACAAGAUGACCCGGCUUCCUACAACACCUUGUUGUAUCUGCUGCAAUAAUAAACCUGCAACCAUA